AUGGCAUCUGGAAGACCAGUGUCGUACACCACCACGCCGUGGUCGGCAAGAGCGUGUCUUGCAGAUGGUGAAGUUGGAGGUUCCGUUUUCGUGGCUGGUUCCCUUGAGCACAGUCAACCCGUCGAUCUUGGUCUUGUGGCUGAAACUCUUGGUGAUGUUGACUUCGAGAUCAAUGUCGCCUGCAAUUCCCGCGGUGGUUCCGAUCUUGGAGAUCAAUGGCUGUGCGAAAGUCGAAUUCACGCUUCUGAGUGUCUUGUUGGUGACAGGAUCAAUCUUAGCAGUGGACAGAGAGAAGGAUGGAACAGCCACCAAGGACUCGGUCUGGCCAGCUUUGGUGAACAGCAGAAUGUUGCUGUGCUUGGCCUUGUUAUAGAGCUCAACAACGUGAGAAUCAACAGUUCCAUUGGACAAGCAAUCGCAAUUGCCGAGACAGACGUUUUAUUUUCAAACGAAAGAAUCUCUCCCGUGGAAUCCACCACCAGAGGGUCUUCCCAGGUGACAACGUUACCGGAAGCGAUCCAGUUGGAUCCAACACCAUUUGGCACUUGGCCAAUCUUCAAGUCGUCGUCCACACAGUUCGAGACUUCGAUAGAAAGUUGGGUCGAUUUGUCCCAGAAAAGUGGCAGCAAUGGAGUGACAUCCAGCUCCAAAGCCUUGACAUCAAAAGCACCAGUCGAGACAAUUGGGUUCCACAGAGAUGGCGAGAUGCCGCCGGUCCUUUGGACCAGCUGGUUUGUAGUCGUAAUACUUGAUGCUCAAGCUGACGUUGAAUUCACCAGUGAGUCUUGGAGUCACGAUAUUGUCCAGCUGGAAAAGGAUGGUUGCAUCACCCUUGAACAGGUUGGAGUACCAGGACACAUCUUUCUCUGUGUGAGAAUGGGACAGGUUUCCGUGCGGCUCGAUGGUGCUUGUUCUCCAAACCUCAAUGCCGUCAACAUACAAAUGGGCAAGGCGGUCGUAUUGAACUCCGUCAACCCAGGUAUCCAAGGAGACAACGACUCUAUUGAAGGUGAAGUUAGGCUUGAUGUAGGAUGCCUCGAAAGGGUGGCCCCAACUGUUGCCAAAAGUAUGGUUCAAAAUGUGCUGCUCGAAAACCGGCACUCCGAAUCCGUAAAUUGGGAAGCCAACCUCGUAGACCUCGGUAACGGGUGCUGGCUCUGGUGCUGGCUCAGACAGCUCGUACGGAGCAACAGACGAGGAUUUCCAUGGCAGGUUACCGCUGUAGCAAGAAAAGAGGGUGUUGACCAAAAGGUAAAGACCAACUCCGUACAAAGCACCUUUCCAUUUGCUUGUCUUUUGACGUUUCUCAGAAUGAUAGUAUUGAGGCUCUUGCUGUAG